AUGCGAGUACGCUGGCCUGGUUCCAGAUGGAACCACGACUUCCACGAACUGAAGCCUCUCCACGUGACGUGGCGGAUCAACGAGCAACAACGCGCCUCGUACCUCGACCAGCUCUCGACAUUCAGCGGGGUGCUACCGAGUACCUUCGUGCUGCCUUCCAGACUUUCAAUAUCACGUUAUGUGGCGGGCUUCGUCGAUGGGCUCAGCCACCACUUUCCCUUCAUCCAUAUGCCCACCUUUGGCAUCACCGCCAACCCGGACGCGCCCGAGCUCGUGCUCGCCCUCAUGGCCGUCGGCGCGCAGUACCGCUACGAGCGAAGAUCCGCAACAGCCCUCUACCACGCCGCGCGCGCCAUCAUCAGCGAGCGCAUCCGCCGCCGUAAGCUGCCGGACCCGCACGCCGCUUCCUUCCACGAAAGGCUCCCCCGCAUGCCGCCCAACCUCCCGGCAACCACCCGUGCCAUCCUGCUCCUGGCCAAGUUCGCCGCGUGGCAGGCUUCCCCCACGCUCAUCCGCGAAUCGCUCUCAUACCGUGCGCUGCUAGCCCACAGCGUCCGCCGCGCCGGCCUGUCCAAAUCCGAUGACGACGACAACAACGAAGGGCAGAUGGAUGAUAACGCCUGGCUCCGCUGGGCACGCGCCGAGACGGACCGUCGCACCAAGCUCUGCGUCUUCUGCUUCUUGAACCUGCAGGAGCUUGCGUUCGGUCUCGAGCAGCCAGUGCUGCUCGCUAACGAGAUUGGCGACAUCCGCCUCCCAUCUUCCUGCCGCGAGUGGCUCGCCGAAGGCCAGGCCGACUGGCUUCAGGCGCGAACGGCAGGGCCCGCGCCCGUCGGCUUCCGACACGCUCUCACAUGCGUGCUAGUGGGACCGCGACGCGACUCCGGCGAAGUAUCAGAAGCACUUGACGACGUGCCCGUCACCUCGCCCUUCGGCAACUUCAUCCUCGUGCACGCGUUACUACAACGCAUCUACCUCGCGCGACAGCUAGCCCUCCCCUCAACAACAUCUUCCCCACUGCGUCCCGCCGACGUCGACGAGCUGGACGCCGCCUUCGACCGGUGGCGGCUGGAGUGGCAGCGCGCGCCCGAAUCCGUCCUCGACGUGCGCCACUCCAAGGACUCGCUGGCCUUUGCGUCGACGGCGCUGUUUGGCCUCGCCCACGUGCGCCUCGUCUUCUCGCUGGGGCAGACGCCGCACGCCGCCGCCGCCGCCGUCUACGCCCGCUUCCAGGCGUGCGACGCGCAGGCCGUGGCGGAAGCGGCGCUGGCGGCCGCGCCGCCGCCGCGGAGGGGCCCGCACGUGCUGAAGGCGCUGCUGCAUGCGGUGCAUGCGCUGAAUAUUCCAGUGCAGUUGGGGGUGGACUAUUUGGCAAGGUGGUUGUUUGUGUUGGCGGAGGAGGAGGAAGAGGAGGAGCUAGGUCCGCGGCCGCUUUCGGAGAUGGAGAAAGAGAUCAGCUCGUGGAUUUCGAGGGUGGUGCAGGAAGCAGGAGACUCUUUGGAUGAGGAGGAGGCUGCGCUCGGCUUUGACAAGUGUGCAACGCAGGGAGAGCGCUUUCGCGUGCUUGGUGUCGCUGUUGUGAGGCUUUGGGCGCGGCAGUUUCGAACCUCUAACACGGCGUGGCCGAUGAUGAAGCUGGUCGGGGAAGCGCUGGAACGGCCCCUCUCAAGACCGUACGUCAGCCUCCUGCGGACUUGCUACUACUAG